CAUGAGGAUAAACGUCAACAACAUGCCGGAGACUUCACGGGAAACAGAAACUGAAAACGGAUUGAGGGACAGAGGACGGGGAGACCCAGGGAACCAGUCUGUCCACAACAUCGUAUCUUUAAUGUCUCAGUUCGCUGAUGAUCAUUUAAAUGUUGUUCGGAACAUUUCAACAGGCCUGGCUGUUGCUGGUGUCAUCAUUAUAGCAAGGAGCAUCAAACUGAUCACCAGGUUUCAUGCUGUCUCUGAGAUCCCUGUACGUUUUAUAGAGAGGAACGUCAGCCUUCGUGGGAAAGUUCAUGUGGUCACUGAGAAAGGACUCAAAGUGGAACAUGUGCCAAUUUACCUGCCAGUCAUCUCGCCAUUACUUUCAAAGCACAAAGGUGCAUCGCCGCUGACUGUACAUCUGGCGGGAGUGGAGCUGACUCCGGACGGGAGGACGUGGCUGCAGAAGAACUUGACACCUGCCCAGAUAGUCUGGUUCAAACUGAUCAGCCGAGAGGACGACACACUGCACUGUUUGGUGUCCUACAGCAGGCAGGGGUCGAUGUGGAGCUGCUGUGUGAAUGAGGAGGUUCUGAAGCUGGGUCUGGCUCGCACCGCGCCCAUCUCCGGAGUGCUUCCUGGUUCUCGCCUGUACUGGCGUCUCCACAAGCAGCUGCACAGGGCAGAGUUCAGGGCUGAGAAGAAGGGGCGUGGUUUGUGGAAGGAGGACAGCCUAUGGGAGCGGACCGUGAAAGCCGUCAGGGACAACAUGUUACUUCGACUCCUGAGAAGACUCUUUAAGAGGACCAAAUAAAAAUGACCAUUACCAGUGGGUGCAAAGAACAUUUUGUAUUUGUGCCAAGGACUGUAUGUGUUUGAGUUUUUAAAAACCUGGUGCACGUGUUGUUUUUUUGUAACA